UGAAGAGUUUUAUAUCAAAACUGAAUUGAUGAUAAGUGGUGGUAGAUAUAUAAGAAGAAUUUGCAAACAGAAUUCAUUAUCACACCAAAAUCCAAGACUGAAAAAUGAAUAAAGCAUUUUUGGUGGUUUUCCUUUUCGUGGGUCUAGCUGCCCUGUGCUGGGCAAGUACUGACUGCCCACCAAACGUUUGCUCCACUACCAAGUGCCCAAGUUACAUCACCGAGGACUAUUGCCACAUGAGAAAGAUGUUUUAUGUUCCUCAUGGUUGGCCCUGCGGCUGCUGUCCGAGAUGUCGUAUACGCUACUAGCCAAUCAAAGCCACCAUCUUCGACAACCCCCUCAAGAAGAAGGAAUAUUCUGCAUUAUAAAAAAAAUAAUUAUGAAACAAUACUUUAUUUCCAUAAAAAUCAUAGUUUUAAAUACAUUUUUCAGUAAUAAAUCUUUUUUUACCUUUGUCA